GAAUUUUCACCAUCUAGUGGCUAAAUGUUGUAAUUAUGACAUGGGAAUAAGCCAAACAGUAGGCGUGUCUCUUAUGACGUCACUCAGGUGUAAUGAAACUCAAGCUCAAAGGUGUUUCCUGACCAAAACCAGAUCCUUUCUGCAGGACACAAUCUCCAGUUUGAAGCUUCUCUCUCUUUCUUCGAGGGAUUAACCCCACUGCAGGUGAACACUAAGAGAACAAGAACAAGAGGAAAAAGAGGGAAAUUGGAGGAAAAGAGAAAUAGAAAUUGUCAUGGCUUCCUCCAGCAGUGUCCUGUGUGAAGAUCAGCUCCAGUGCUCCAUCUGUCUGGAGGUGUUCACUGAUCCAGUCUCUACUCCAUGUGGACACAACUUCUGUAUGAUCUGUCUCAGAGAGUUCUGGGACAGCAGUUCACACUGCCAGUGUCCAAUGUGUAAGACGGAAUUCCCUAAACGUCCUGAUCUACGUGUGAAUACAUUCAUCUCUGCACUUGCUGCUUCAUUUAAGAAGUCAGUUCAGGAGAAAUCCAGCAGCGCUGCAGAAAAACUCAGCCAAUCUCUAGUGCUCUGUGAUAUCUGCUGUGAAAAGAAACUUGCAGCUCUGAAGUCCUGCCUGAUCUGUAUGACCUCUUACUGCAAGACUCACCUGGAACCUCAUGAGAGAGUUUCUUCAUUAAAGAAGCACAAACUGAUGGAGCCUGUGGAGAACCUGGAGGACUACAUCUGCCAGAAACAUGAGAGACCCCUGGAGCUGUUCUGUAGAGAUGACCAGACGUGUGUGUGUCAGUUCUGUACUGAGGGAGACCACAAAACUCACAGCACCGUUCCUAUAGAGGAGGCGGCUGAAGAGAAGAAGACUGAGUUGGGAAAGACACGAGCAGAAGUUCAGCAGAUGAUCCAGGAGCGACUGAAGAAGAUUGAGGAACUCAAACACUCUGUAGAACUCAAUAAAAAAAACACAGAGAAGGAGAAACUAGACGUUGUGGAGAUCUUCAGUGCUCUGAUGCGCUGCAUUGAGAGAAGCCAGGCUGAGCUGCUUAAGGUGAUGGAGGAGAAGCAGAACGCAGCAGAGAGGCAGGCUGAAGAGUUGAUUAAAGAGCUGGAGCAGGAAAUCACUGAGCUAAAGAGGAGAAACACUGAGCUGGAGCAGCUCUCAUACACUGAGGAUCAUCUCCACCUCCUACAGAUUUCCCCGUCACUGUGCAGCCCUCCACACACCCAGGACUGGACUGACGUCACAAUUACCUCUCAUCUGAGUGUGGAGACUCUGAGGAGAAAUCUGUCUCAGCUUCAGCAAACUCUCAGUGAGGAAAUGGAGAAGCUACCAGAGAUUAAACUGAAGAGAAUUCAACAAUAUGCAGUGAAUGUGACUCUGGAUCCUGAUACAGCUCAUCCUCAACUCAUCCUGUCUGAUGAUAUGAAAGAAGUUACAUGUGGAGACAAAAAACAGAAGCUCUCUGAUAAUCCAGAGAGGUUUCGUUAUUGUGCCUGUGUGCUGGGGAAGGAGGAAUUCUCUUCAGGGAGAUUUUACUAUGAGGUGCAGGUCAGAGGAAAGACUAAGUGGGAUUUAGGAGUGGUCCAAGAGUCCAUUAACAGGAAAGGGAAGAUUACAGCCAGUCCUGAGAAUGGAUACUGGUGUGUGUGGCUGAGGAAUAAGACUGAAUAUAAGGCUCUGGACUCACCCUCUGUCGCCCUCUCCUUGAAACAGGCUCCUCAGAAGGUGGGAGUGUUUGUAGAUUGUGAGGAGGGUCUGAUCUCCUUCUAUGAUGUUGAUGCCAAAUCUCAUAUUUACUCUUUCACUGGUCUGUCUUUCACUGAGAAACUUUAUCCAGUCUUCAGCCCCUGCACUAAUGAUGGAGGUAAAAACUCAGCACCACUGAUCAUCUGUCCUGUUAGUCAAAUCUAAUCCUAAUUUUCUAAUCUUAAAAACUAAUCUUAUACUUUCUUAAUAAAGAUUUAAACCCUGUUGAUAUGUCAUUCAUGAUUUUGAUCAUUUAAAUGCAUUUUCACAUUCAAAUAAAAAGAUCUGUAUCAGUAGAAUUGAAUUGUAGAGUUGUAAAAUGUUUUACUGUCGCUGUCAUGUUUUAAUGUUCUUGAUUCAGCUGCAUGAUAAUUAAAUUUCAUCUUUUUUUCCAUCCGACUCUGUGUGAUUUACAUUCCUGUACCCCAUGCCACUGUGUACGUUCACACUAGGAAAGACAAAUCAACAGGAGCCCAUUCACUUUCUGUGUACAUGUGCAUGGAUAUGUCAGCUGUGGUUUUAUCUUAUCCUGUCAAAUACGACCUCUCAUUACACGUGUAUAGAGACAUAAUGAAGAAAAAUAAAACUGAUGAGCGUACAUCACUAGUACAGUUAGCUUGCUUUUCUAAGCAGCAAAAAUGAAGCUAGUGCUAGGCCUUACACUUAACAUGUCCAUCAAACUUAAAUACAUUUCAGCUUCUACCAUUUCUAAUCACAACUGAAAAUGCUGCACAGUGCACCACCACAAGACACAUCACAUCAGGAGUCGUCGCUACACGCCCACUAGCGUGAACAUAACACACUAUACUCUCAUAACGAACAUAACCACCAGCGUGGGUUUCCGUUGAUGUAUUUUAGUUCAGGUUUUUCUUAUUUACAGCUACUUCAGACUCAUUUCUAUCUCAGCUUCACUCAAAUGAAUCUUAGAUAACUGUAGUCUGCUAAAUGUGUUCCUUUUAUUGCCUCACUACCACAAAACCUGCAUAAAUGGUGUUUUUCACUUAAAUUAGAUUGAUAAGAGGAUGAAUUGGAGAGUGAUGUAACAUGUAACAUGAUAUGUAAAUAAGGGACUAGUGGGCGGAGCUCGCGUCCACACAGGUUUCUUUCACUCUCGCUCACUGAUAUGAUAAACUGCAGAGAUUUUUUUUUUUUUACAUAAAUUGUUCUCAUAAAAACAUAUAUGUGUCAAGAACUGAUGUUUAUUUUUACCCUGACAGAAAAAAAAAUUUACG